GACAGAUCUGACAUAGACCCAUGGCUGCGAGCAAUGAUGAUCAGAGAAGCUGGAAUGCAGAUGAUUGUUGUACCAGUCCUCAUCAUCAUCCAGUUGAGCUGCCUCAGUGGUUUGUCUACAACACUGAGGACUGAGACUCGUCCCUUAGGUAUAGUUAAGGGUGACAUGGUCACACCCCAAAGUGAAGAGGUCCAAGUAGCUAACCAUCACUACAACUACUGGCACGACAGGGGCUUGUCGUGGAUUUUGGUACUAGCCAAGGGCCUGAAGGGACCAGUAUUGGACUGCGAAGUUUAUUCUGAGAGAACGAGUGACUUUCAAGUUGAACUGCGGGUGCACAUUGCGUUGAUCUACUCCGAGUCUACAAAUCACUAGUAACUCGC